UAUAUUAUACUUGUUUCGUGUUUGUGCCGUUUGUGGUUAUACCGAUGCAUGUGUUUCUCAUAUUCUCAAUUUAUAUUUUUUCAUCUGAAUUAAUCUCGUCAGUUGUUAUAAUAUAAUUAUUGUUUGUGUUGUUGCCGACUUAAAUAACUUCCGACGUGUUAAUUUAUAUAUUACAUUAAUUUAUUUAUUAAUCGUAUAUAACAUUUCACGUACUAUUGUUAUUUGGUUAUAAUACGUUGUCAACUCGUUCACUGUACUGCAGCUACCGCUAUAGUAUACAGUCCGUUUUUUCCCGUUAUAAUAACGCAUAUUAUGAUUGUAUAUUAUAUUAUACGCGCGUGAACGAUGUCCGCUUAGUGCCGACGUGUUAUAUAUGAAUUAGUAUUCAUCGCAUAUUCACGUAUAUUGUUGUAGUGAUCGUACUGCUAUAACUUGUUUAUCACGUAUUGCCGACUCGUCCAGUGCGUACUGCAGUCGUCCAUCUUUACCGCUCUUGUUUUCUUACGUUAAUAUAAUAAUAGGUACGUGAUUAUAAUAUAGGUACGUGACCGACGUCCGAUGAGUACGUAGUGCUGACAUGUUCAUCAUCUGAGUGAGUUAUAACCAUCGAUUUUCUCCAGCUGCUGUGUUAAUUUAUAAAAUAUAUACAUUAUCAUUCUUGGUAAUUAUUAGGACGUAUUACCUAUAACAGUACAAUAAACAAUAUAAUUAUGGAGUACAGUGUUGUUGAGUUUACUGAUGGAGUCAAUCUAGUCCCUACAAUUUGGCUAACUGCGGACCACAGAAAAUGUCAUUGGCCAUUAAUUGAGAACAAAAUGAUUUAUUCAAAAAUGGUAUCAAGCCAAGUUAUGCCGAGGCCAAAUGAUCCAUCUUGGGGAAUAUAUUCUGUCAAAAAAGUUUUGUGCAAAACAAACACAUACCAAGAAGGAAUUUAUAAAUUAAAAAAAGCUGAAAAGUAUUCAGAAGUUGAAAGCAGUGCUAGUGAUGCAGACCCUAAAGCUAAGAGAGCUAAAAGGCAAUUAAGAGCAAAAAAAAUCUUAUUUGAUGACUUAUCCGAUUCUGAUUCUAAUAAUAGUGUUACAAGCAACCCAAAGUAUGAUGAUAUAGAAAAUACUACAAUUAAUUCAUUAAAAAAUCAAUCAACUUUUGAAGACCAAACUCAACAUAAUGUUCAUGAAGAUAGUACAGCUUCUGCUGAGUUUCCACAGUUUCCAGUUGAUAAAAUCGUUGAAACAAUGAAUUUCGCUACUAAAUCGAUGACAACAAAAGAUCAAACUGAAAUAAUUAAACAAAAGUCAUCCGAGAAAGUAUUUACUGCUAAAGAAGUUUAUAAGAUGCUAUCAAAAAUCAAUUCCGAAAUGAUCCAAGUACGUGAAGAAAUUGCUGAAGUUAAAGAACAUAUUGUAAUGCAGCAGAAUGCAUCUUCUAAUGUUUGUUUGAAUGGGACAGAACUUGUGGGCAGUAGUAAUAUUACAGCUUUUGAUACAGAUCUCCCAUAUUUAACUGAUAUUCAAUUAAAAGCAACUGAAAAUAAAUUAAAUGAACCUGCAUAUUUAACUUUAUUGGUGAAUGAUAUCAAAAGAUUGGGAGGAACUGAUUAUGAAGAUGUAGUAACCAAUGCACUAGCAUAUGUAAUUUCUAAUCAGUUAGCUUGUCAGUACAGUUGGAAAGGAAAAGGGUCAAAAAGUUCAUUCAGCAAUGACUUUAAACAAUUUAAUAAAGCCAUUUUAAUACUUGUUCGCUUUACAAAGGCUGAUCUAACUAAUAAAAUGUAUGGAGAAAUCGUUGCCAAGUGGUUGGUUCAAGCUCCACAGAGGUUCAAAAGAGAAGAAGCGAAAAAAGAAAAGGCCAGAAGAAUACUGCAAUUAAAUGAAGAUGUAGGUGACCAAAAUUGAAGAAUUUUCAGCUGAAUAUUCAAUACUAUUUUUCCUAUUUUUAUUUCCUAUUACAAACAAGUUUCUUAAUUUAUGUUUUUAUUUUUUAUUUAUAUAAAAGACUGAUUAUCAGUAUUUUCCUACAAUAAUUAUAAUAUU